AGUCAUCAAUUAUGCAGGGCAGCGGCACGCACUGGGAAGGAAGAUAGCAGCAACAAUAUGGCGACAGCCGCAGUUACUCUCCACUCUUUGCAGCACUCUCUGCAGAUCCGCGACAGCUGCCGGGAUUUCUGUUAAUGCGGGACAAAAGCUGGUUGUCAGGAAUUGAAAACAAAUAAAAAGGAAAUAGCUGCAGGAUGAAAACAUGGCCGCACCCCUUUUUGCACCCCCAGGACCUGACAGCUUCAAGUAUUUCACCCCGGAGUCACUUGCCAACAUCGAGAAGCGCAUCAAGGAAGAGAAGAACAAGAAGCCUCCCAAACCCAGAUCGGACAGUAGUCACCGUGACACGUCUGAUGACAAUGAGCCCCACCCCAACAGUGACCUGGAGGCUGGGAGGAGCCUGCCCUUCAUCUACGGCGACAUUCCUAGAGGAAUGGUGGCCACACCACUGGAGGAUUUGGACCCAUUCUAUCAGAACAAGAAAACAUUUAUAGUUCUAAACAAAGGAAAAACAAUCUUCCGCUUCAGCGCAACGCCCUCCUUGUACAUCAUAAGCCCUUUUAACCUAUUCAGGAGAAUAGCUAUAAAGAUUUUGAUACAUUCAUUAUUCAGCAUGAUCAUCAUGUGUACCAUUUUGACCAACUGUAUAUUCAUGACAUUUAGUGAUCCACCAGAAUGGUCCAAACAAGUGGAAUAUACCUUCACAGGUAUCUACACAUUUGAGUCCCUCACAAAAAUUGUUGCCAGAGGAUUUGCUAUUGAUGACUUCACCUUUCUAAGAGACCCAUGGAACUGGCUUGACUUCAUGGUCAUUUCAAUGGCAUAUGUAACUGAGUUUGUGGACCUUGGGAAUGUUUCGGCGCUGAGAACAUUCAGGGUUCUCCGAGCAUUGAAAACUAUUUCUGUCAUUCCAGGCCUAAAGACCAUUGUGGGCGCUUUGAUCCAGUCUGUCAAGAAACUAUCGGAUGUGAUGAUCCUAACAGUCUUCUGUCUCAGCGUCUUUGCUCUGAUUGGACUGCAGCUCUUCAUGGGGAACCUCCGGAAUAAAUGUGUUAUUUGGCCAAUCAACAUGACUGAGCAGUACCUGGAAAACGGCAGCAGGGGUUUCGACUGGAAAUCAUACAUCAUGAAUGACUCGAAUUUCUACUUCCUUCCUGGCGCUCUGGAUGCUCUGCUGUGUGGAAACAGUUCUGACUCGGGACGAUGUCCAGAGGGCUACUCCUGCAUGAAAGCUGGAAGAAACCCCAACUAUGGUUACACCAGCUUUGACAGCUUUGGAUGGGCAUUCCUCACCCUCUUCCGCCUCAUGACACAGGACUUCUGGGAGAACCUCUACAUGCUGACUCUUCGAGCAGCUGGGAAGACCUACAUGGUUUUCUUUGUGCUGGUCAUCUUUGUGGGCUCUUUCUACCUGGUGAACCUCAUCUUGGCUGUGGUGGCCAUGGCUUAUGAAGAGCAGAACCAGGCCACAAUGGAGGAGGCUGAACAAAAAGAGGCCGAAUUUAAGGCAAUGCUGGAACAGCUCAAACGGCAGCAAGAGGAGACACAGGCUGCCGCUGCUGCCAUAUCUGCAUGUACGGUGUCAGAAGCUGCGUUAGACGAUGAAGGAGGAGGGCACCUGUCACGCAGUUCCUCUGAAGUCUCCAAGCUGAGCUCCAAAAGUGCCAAAGAGCGUCGCAACCGCAAGAAAAAAUGGAGACAGAAGGAACAAGAGAAAGAGAAAGGAGACAGCGAGAAGGUAGUUAAAUCGGAGUCGGACGACGGAAGCAAGAAAAGCACCAUUCGCUUCCCAGGAACCCGACUUGGCAGGAAGACCUCUAUUAUAAACCAGUCGCUCCUCAGCAUCCCUGGCUCGCCUUUUAUGUCCCGUCACAACAGCCGCAGCAGCAUCUUCAGCUUUAAAGGCAGAUCCAAGGACAUGGGCUCAGAGAAUGAGUUUGCAGAUGACGAGCACAGCACAGUAGAGGAGAGUGAAGACCGCAGAGGCUCCUUGUUCAUACCUUACCGCCGCAAUAGCUACAGCGGCUACAGCCAAGGCUCAUCGCGGGUCCAUCCACUGGCACCGCAUUCGGGAGGGAAAAGGAACAGCACUGUGGACUGCAACGGUGUGGUGUCUCUCAUCGGCCCUGGGCCCGGCAGACGGCUUCUGCCUGAGGUGAAAAUAGAUAAGGCAGCCACUGAUGACAGUAUCACAGAUUUGGAAAUUAAGAAGAAACACUCAGGCUCUCUUAUGGUUUCUGUGGAUCAGCUCAACUCCUCGUUCAAAGGGAAGGAGCAUGCCAACAGCCAAAUGAGUGUGGUCACCAACACACUGCUGGAAGAGUUGGAGGAAUCUCAAAGGAAGUGUCCUCCCUGCUGGUACAAGUUUGCCAACACCUUCCUUAUCUGGGAGUGUUGUCCCAUCUGGCUGAAAAUCAAGCACAUAGUGUACUUGAUUGUAAUGGACCCUUUUGUUGACCUGGCCAUCACCAUCUGCAUUGUUCUCAACACGCUUUUCAUGGCAAUGGAGCACUACCCCAUGACUGAAGAUUUUGAGGGGGUCCUAUCUGUUGGAAACCUGGUUUUCACAGGCAUCUUUGCUGGGGAGAUGUUUGCAAAGCUGGUUGCCAUGGACCCCUACUACUACUUUCAAGAAGGCUGGAACUGUUUUGAUGGCUUCAUUGUAACUUUGAGUUUAGUUGAGCUGGGACUUUCAGAUGUGGAGGGUCUUUCAGUGCUCAGGUCUUUCAGAUUGCUAAGAGUGUUCAAAUUAGCCAAGUCAUGGCCCACCCUAAACAUGCUGAUCAAAAUCAUCGGAAAUUCGGUUGGAGCUCUGGGAAAUUUAACGCUGGUGUUGGCCAUUAUCGUCUUCAUCUUUGCCGUGGUGGGCAUGCAGCUGUUUGGGAAAAGCUACAAGGACUGCGUUUGUAAAAUUGCUUUGAGCUGCGAGCUGCCACGCUGGCACAUGCACGACUUCUUCCACUCCUUCCUGAUUGUAUUCAGAGUGUUGUGUGGGGAGUGGAUUGAGACAAUGUGGGAUUGUAUGGAGGUUGCAGGACAGUCAAUGUGCCUGAUCGUCUUCAUGAUGGUCAUGGUCAUCGGAAAUCUGGUGGUUCUGAACUUGUUCUUGGCUUUACUGCUGAGCUCAUUCAGUGCAGACAACCUUGCAGCCACAGAUGAUGAUGGAGAACCCAACAACCUCCAACUUGCUGUUGCUCGCAUCAAGUUUGGGAUUGCCUGGUUCAAAGUAAACAUGAGGGUCUUUGUGGCAACGGUCCUCAAGAAGCAGCCUAUAGAAGAUGAACAGAAGCCUUUGGAUGAAAUGUAUGAGAAAAAGCUCAACUGCAUAGCAAACCACACUGUGGACAUUAACCGGGAACUUGACUACCCGAAAAAUGGGAAUGGCACCACCAGCGGCAUUGGGAGCAGUGUAGGAAAGUACAUGAUCGAUGAAGAUUACAUGUCCUUCAUCCACAACCCAAACCUCACCGUGUGCGUUCCCAUCGCUGUCGGCGAGUCAGACUUUGAAAACCUCAACACGGAAGACUUCAGUAGUGAAUCAGAUGUUGAGAACAGUAAAGAUCUGGAUGAUACCAGUUCAUCUGAGGGAAGCACAAUAGACAUCAAGCCUGAUGUGGAGGAGGUGGCUGUGGUGGAAGUUGUGGAGGAGUAUAUUGACCCAGAAGCCUGCUGGACAGAUGAAUGUAUUGCAAAAUACAAGUGCUGCGACGUUCCCAUCACUCACGGCUGGGGAAAAUAUUGGUGGUUCCUAAGGAAGACGUGCUACCUGAUAGUUGAACACAACUGGUUUGAAACUCUAAUCAUCUUUAUGAUCCUGCUGAGCAGCGGCGCCCUGGCCUUUGAAGAUGUGUACAUUGAGCAGAGGAAGACAGUCAAAAUCAUUUUGGAGUAUGCAGACCGAGUUUUCACUUACAUCUUCAUCCUGGAGAUGUUGCUAAAAUGGGUGGCUUAUGGCUUUGUCAAAUACUUCACAAACGCGUGGUGUUGGUUAGACUUCUUCAUCGUGGAUGUGUCUAUAGUCACCCUUAUAGCUAAUGCUUUGGGUUACUCCGAUCUAGGCCCCAUUAAAUCACUCAGGACACUGAGGGCCUUGAGACCCCUCAGGGCCCUGUCACGUUUUGAAGGCAUGAGGGUGGUGGUGAACGCCUUGGUGGGGGCCAUUCCCUCCAUUAUGAAUGUGCUGCUGGUGUGCCUCAUCUUCUGGCUCAUCUUCAGCAUCAUGGGUGUCAACCUGUUUGCUGGAAAGUACUAUUACUGUUUCAAUGAGACAGCUGAGGAGUUGUUUCAACCGGAAGUAGUGAACAACAAAACGCAGUGUCUUGCACUCAUAAACGAUAAUUUCACUGAAGUCCGAUGGAAAAAUGUCAAGAUAAACUUUGACAAUGUGGGAGCAGGAUACCUGGCAUUGCUACAAGUGGCAACUUUUAAGGGCUGGAUGGACAUUAUGUAUGCAGCUAUAGAUUCUAGAAACGUUGAAGAUCAGCCCAUCUAUGAGGACAACUUGUACAUGUACAUCUAUUUCGUCAUAUUCAUCAUCUUUGGCUCAUUCUUCACCCUGAACCUCUUCAUUGGUGUCAUCAUUGAUAACUUCAAUCAACAGAAGAAAAAGUUUGGAGGUCAGGACAUCUUCAUGACUGAAGAACAAAAGAAAUACUACAACGCAAUGAAAAAACUGGGGUCGAAGAAACCUCAAAAACCGAUACCCAGGCCACAAAACAAAAUCCAGGGCAUGGUGUUCGACUUUGUGACCCAGCAGGUGUUUGAUAUUUCCAUCAUGAUGCUCAUCUGCCUCAACAUGGUCACCAUGAUGGUGGAGACAGACGACCAGUCAGAUGAAACCGAGGUUGUGCUGUACUGGAUCAACUUCAUCUUCAUCGUGGUCUUCACCUGCGAGUUUGUGCUAAAGCUCUUCGCGCUCCGUCACUACUACUUCACCAACGGCUGGAACAUCUUUGACGUGGUGGUGGUCAUCCUGUCAAUCGUGGGGAUGUUUCUGGCCGACCUGAUAGAGAAAUACUUUGUGUCGCCGACUCUCUUCAGGGUGAUCCGUCUGGCCCGAAUCGGCAGAAUCCUCCGUCUCAUCAAGGGGGCCAAAGGAAUCAGAACUCUGCUGUUUGCCCUCAUGAUGUCACUUCCUGCCUUGUUCAACAUCGGCCUUCUGCUGUUCCUAGUCAUGUUCAUUUUCUCCAUUUUUGGCAUGUCCAACUUUGGCUAUGUAAAACACGGGGCUGGAAUAGACGACAUGUAUAAUUUUGAGACCUUUGGCAACAGCAUGAUCAUCCUGUUCAUGAUCACCACGUCCGCUGGCUGGGACGGCCUGCUCCUGCCCAUUCUUAACUACCCUCCUGACUGCGAUCCUCUUUUGGAGAACGCUGGCACCCCUGCCACUGGAGACUGUGGCAACCCCUCAGUGGGCAUUUUCUUCUUUGUAAUGUACAUCAUAAUAUCAUUCCUCAUUGUGGUCAACAUGUAUAUUGCCAUCAUCUUGGAGAACUUCAGUGUGGCCACAGAGGAGAGCGCUGACCCGCUCAGUGAGGAUGACUUUGAGACCUUUUAUGAAAUUUGGGAGAAGUUUGACCCUGAUGCGUCCCAGUUCAUCACCUAUUCCAAGCUGUCUGACUUUGCUGAUGCACUUGAACACCCGCUCCGCGUCCCCAAACCAAACACCAUUGAGCUGAUCGCCAUGGACAUGCCCAUGGUGAGUGGAGACCGCAUCCACUGCCUGGACAUCUUGUUCGCUUUCACCAAGCGUGUGCUGGGUGACAGCGGGGAGUUGGACAUGCUAAGGCAACAAAUGGAGGAACGCUUUGUUGCAGCGAAUCCUUCCAAGGUCUCCUAUGAGCCAAUUACUACCACCCUGAGGCGGAAGCAGGAGGAUAUGUCAGCCAGGAUCAUCCAGAGGGCGUACCGCUCCUACUUGGCCCGACGUGGGUUUGUCUGUAAGCGCAAACCAGUCAGUAACACCAUGGAGAAUGGCGGUAACAAUCAGGAACAAGACAAGAAGGAGGGCACUCCUUCAACAGCCUCGCUGCCCUCUUAUGAAAGCGUAACCAAACCUGACAAGGAAAAACAGGACGACAACAACGAGGGCAAAGAAGGGAGGAAAGAGAAAGGAAGAAACCAAAAAGACAUAAGGGAAUCUAAAUGUUAGACAACCGCAGUAACAACAGCAAAGGUUAUUGAAUUGUAAUCUCAUGCAAAGCGGGAGGAAUAUCACUCACACAGAUGUACAGAUUAUUUCAUUGCAAGUCUGAAAAAAUAGUCUCCAAUAAUUUUGUUUACAGACUUUAUCAAUGCAGAAGGAAGCAGCGUGGUCUGUAAAAGCACGAGAACCCAGGACUUUUGGUCAAACCAAAUAUAAUCAGCAUACUGUGUUACAUUCUUCUAGCUAGACUGCUGAUCUUGCAAAAAGGAAACAGACCAGGAAAAGGUGCUUUCCUUCCAUCCGUCUACAGAUAAGGAAAAGUGACUCUAUCUAAAGAGAUGGUAAGAAAAGAAAUCAGUGCCCGGAUGAAAAGGAACAUAUUCCCGUGGAAGAAAGUGUUGUUAAAGUAAAACACGUGAGCUGCUUCAUGUUAAAAAAAUGUCUCUCAAAGCAGCUGGCGAGUUUUUGUGUCACUGAGCACUGCAAUGUACAGAUGUGCAAGUGGCGUCCUCUGUGGGCAAACACAGUGUCCACUGGUGAGUCAAAGACAGAAAGUGUUUCAACUUUUUUUUAUUUAAUGCUAGAAAAUGUUUAUUUUAGCAGCAGAAAUGCAAUUGAUAAAUAAGAAAAAGAAAAAAACUGUAUCCAACAGUCACUUAACUCCUCCACUGAUUUGUAACCUACACAUCGAAACGUUUAUUUGUUUGUCUAUUUAUUGAUCCUUAUGUUUCUUUAUGUUUCACACCAACAAAAAAGGUCUGUUUAUUUUGGAGUCAACUUGGGCCAAGGGCUUACAUUUACUCAGAAAGAUUUCCAAACAAAUACAUAAAUAAUGUGCUUGUUCAAUGCAUAAAAAUGACUUGCAUGAUGGCAUGUUUUGAUCAAAAAUCUUGCAUGCAUAGUCCACAAGACACUAAUACCAAGACCACGCUGGUGGCUCAACUGUACGACUGAGACUUUUUCACAGAAUUUGGAAGAUCAUAGUUAUUUGCUCAACUGAAUUAGCAGCAGGUUGGCCGGAUGAAGCCGAUGACAUAGUUGGUUCAUCGCUUUGACACAAGUCAUGGAUGCGAUUGUCCCUGCAGGCAGACAGAAGACGCAUCGACUGCUUUCUUUGCUGGUGUUUUUUUAUUGUGAGAAGUAAAGACAAAGCUGCCUGUUUCCAUCCGAGACUUUGUUAUUUUUAGGGGCACAGAACUUAAAAGCUUACAUUUGUACUUUGAAUCCACCUAUGUAACUUUCCAUACCAUCUGCCUUGACUUUUCUUUGUGUGAUUGGUCAUGGGAGGAGUCGAGCUAUCAGUGCUUUUGGUGGAGUUCACAGCUUUGGUAGACCAUCCAUUUUCUUAACGUUUCUGUGAGGGUGGAUAGACCUUUUUGAAAGGGCUGAGAAGAGUUAAAUUCUUUUUUCUGUUACUUCUUUGACCUGUUUUACCUGCAAGUAAACAUAUAUAUAUAUAUUUAUUUUCUAUGUUACAAAUUCAAGGAUUUUCAGUUUUAUCAGGUUGUAAGGGAAGUGGUCUUGUGGAAGUUGAAUCAGAUUUCACUGGUGUCCUGUUUUAGCAAGAAGUCAUGAAAUGGUUGAUGAGAACAUUGAAUGUGGAGAAGCCAAAGAGAUCUUCCUUGUUACCCCUUGUUGCCCUUUUGCCUAUAAAUUGGCGUGGCUGAAGUUCGCCCUGCCCAUUCUACUUAUUUAGUUUGUUUUCUUUUCUUUUCUAUUGUUUGCUGUUGUUAUCAGACAGAGACAUUAAAAAUGUAUGCAAUGCUUGAAAAAUUCUCUUUUUCUCAGGAGAUAUUAUAGAUCAGCUCUGCAAGAAAAUGCAAAUGAUUGUGAUGCCAGUGUUUCUGAAGUCAUGUUUUCCUUUUUUUAAUGGGAUUCAGGUAAACAGUGAUCCUGGCUGGGUAAAUGUGACAGUUACUGCUUUGAAUUCCUGGACUCAUAGGGCUGGAGGCGUCUCAGUGAAACACCAACACUGCUGAUGGUCUUUGAGAGUAAGCAGUCACAGAAACAACAGCAAUCACAGCGGAACUGGGAUUUGUUGGGUUGAGCAAAGGCCCCAAAUUUCAGAACUGAGCAAAAAACAAGCGCAAUGAGCCUCUUCUGUACCAUUCGUCCUCAUGAUGCUCCACUGCAUUACAAUUACCAAAUACCCUACUGAGCACUGGAUGUGUUUUAUUGGUACUGUGAGCCUGAGCACCCCAUUCGACCUUUUGCAUCUCCUGUUGUGCAGUGAUGUCACUUUUCCUGUUGAUGAAUAAUGCCCUCAACCAUUUUCAAGGUCCAGUUGCUGCAUGAGAUGUUCAGAGUCAGUGUGGGUUUGAACUUGAACCAAAUAAAACUGAUUGAUGAGAAGCUAAAAUCCACCACCAUUCCUUCUCUCCCAGAUUUCUGUACACCAUUGGUGUGACAUGUAAAAAAAAUCCUAUUUUAAAAAUGAAUUUGUCAUUCAUUUGGUUAAAAGAAUAAGUGAACGCAAGGCACAAGUUGCAAAAGCUAAGACUGGACUUUUUAAGAAACUAUAAAUAUUGUAUUAUAUUGUUUUAACAGCAUGUGUAGUUUUUUAUAAUUAUGGAUUACCUUAAAAACUACAGCUAAUAAUGUAACACUUAAUAAACCUAAAUAGAAUGGC